AUGCCUAUCUGGAAUGAUUAUGAUAAAGGUGAAGAAGAUGGGCAUGGGCAUUUUGGAGCAAUUUUUGAACCAAUCAAACAAGUAAUCAAUUUGCUUGAAAGUCGUACAGCAACUUUAGCUGAUUGUUUUAUAGGAAUAGUUCAAAUAGCUAUUGCUUUUAAGAAAAUACCUAUCAGUAAUGAUCUUCAUGCUCUUAUUAUUGCUGAUAUUGAGUUUUCUUCCAAUUUAAUGCCUGCAACAUGGUGGGGAGUUGUUAAAGAUGAAUAUAACCACUUGCAAGAACUAGCAAAAACUAUGUUUGCAAUCAUACCCUCUUAA